AUGUCCGAUGAAUCCAAGCCCGUAAAGGGUAAGGGAAAAGAGAAGGACAAGGAAAAGGAUGAGAAGGAAAGGGAAAGGGCUGCGAAGAAGCUUCAUAAAGCUGUCGAAGGUCUCUCUAAAGAACAAGUAACCCAGCUCCUCGAUCUCAAUCCCGCGCUUGCGAACGAACUUGGCAGUGGAAGUGAUGGCGAUCCUAAUGCUGCCGCCGAUGCCCUCAAACGUCUCAACCUCCAGGAUAUAAUGACGGGAUUGGCUUCGAGUGGUAAGAACGUUAAGGAUAUGGGCGCAUACAAAUUUUGGGCCACUCAACCAGUCCCAAAAUUCGGAGAAGAGGCCGAUCCCAACCAACAAGUCGAGGAGGGGCCUAUCAAGGUCCAAACUGUCGAUGAGAUACCGAAAACACCUGCCCCGCUGUUGGACGGCUUCGAAUGGUCCACCCUAGAUCUGCUCGAUGAGAGCCAGCUGAAGGAGGUCUGGGAAUUGUUGAAUGGUCACUACGUCGAAGAUGAUGAAGCGAUGUUCCGGUUUAAUUAUUCCGCAAGUAUUUUGAAAUGGGCCAUGAUGCCGCCUGGAUGGAAGAAGCAAUGGCAUCGAGGGGUCAGAGCUUCACAAUCUAGAAAACUGGUUGGUUUCAUUGCCGCCAUUCCUGUCGAGCUACGCGUGCGAAACAACAUUAUACACGCCUCCGAAGUCAACUUCCUAUGUAUACACAAGAAGCUUCGCUCCAAACGUUUAGCACCAGUCCUCAUCAAGGAGAUUACGCGAUUGUGUAACUUGGAAGGAGUUUUUCAGGCCAUAUAUACUGGCGGUAUUGUCCUUCCAAAGCCCGUAAGCACGUGUCGAUACUUCCACCGAGCCAUCAACUGGCAAAAACUGUAUGAGGUCGGGUUUAGCCCAUUGCCGCCGAAUAGCAAGCCUCAGUUCCAGAUCAGAAAAUAUGCCGUGCCAGAGCGAAAUUCGAUCAGUGGAUUGAGAGAGAUGCAAAAGAAGGAUGUCGGUGCUGUUCAAGAUCUGCUCACGCGAUACUUGGCCAAAUAUGAGUUGGCUGCCGAGUUUGACAAGCAAGAAGUUGAACACUGGUUAUUACAUAACAAGAAGAACGCACUGGAGGAGCAGGUGGUCUGGACCUAUGUAGUUGAGGACGAACACAAGAAAAUCACCGACUUCAUCUCAUUUUACUGUCUGGAAUCCUCGAUUAUUGGCCCAUCCAAACACUCCAGCAUAAAAGCGGCUUAUCUCUUCUACUAUGCUACCGAGACAGGACUCUCCAGCCCUGUCGAUAGAGAAGCUCUUAAAUCCCGUCUCAACACUCUGGUUUCAGAUAGUCUCGUAUUCUGUAAAAAGUACGGGUUCGACGUGUACAACGCCCUUUCGCUAAUGGACAACGGUUUGUUCUUGGAAGAACAGAAGUUCGGACCAGGGGACGGCCAACUACAUUAUUAUCUAUUUAACUAUCGGGCGAAUCCGAUAGCCGGUGGCGUUGACAGGAGAAACCACUUAGAUACUAAGACAUUAAGUGGCGUCGGCAAAACACAAAUCUGA